UGUCCAUCCUCGGUACAGCCCCGCCCCUUCUAUUCCGCCUCUCACCACUCCCCCCCCCCCAGCCUCAGCUACUACGAGCGGACGGACGGAGCCACGCCGAUCAGCACCAGAUAUUGCCAAGAAUGGACAAGUUCAAAAACCUGUCAGAUGCGGAGCUCAUAAAAGUCCUGCGGGAAUACGGAAUAAAUCAUGGGCCGAUUGUUGACUCCACUCGCACGGUGUAUGAAAAGAGACUUGUUGAGUUUGAACGCAAGAAAAAUACCUACCCAAACUCUGCAGAAUCCUCCUAUGAAAGCAGACAACAAUAUAGUUCAAAAGAAUAUAAAGGCGACCAGGAUGACUUUGAAACAUAUGAAGAAGAAACUUACACCAAAACCUACCAGGAACCACAAACUCACCAGAGGGUGAUAAGAGAAGAUCUGCGAAACAAUUCUAGAAUUGGGGAAAACGCGUACCAGAACAUCUCCCAACUGCGUCAGCAGUCCUCCUACUCACAGGGAGUGGAACCUCGCAGGCCCAUCCGUCCAAAAGCAAUGGAAGAAGAACCCAACCAACCAACCAGUCGCUUCCUUCCACUAUGGCUGCAACUCCUCCUCCUGCUUCUGUUGACUGGAUUCCUGGUGUAUCUUUACUGCCAGGAGACCAAUCAGAACCCUUUCCUGGAAGGAAGUCAGAAUCCAAGUGAGAGCAAUGCUCACAGUGCAGAAUGAUUCACUAUUGUCACAUGUGAGAAGCUGUAUAGUCCCACUAUUUUGCCAUUUAAAUGAUUUUUUCCUA